GGAGGCUGCCCACUAUAGCGACAAUAACAACAACAGCUAUGGCUACGACGGCUCUGGUCAGUUGCAGGCGCUGGUGCACAGCGCCUCCUGCGGCGACGCCGCCGCCUCCUUCCUGCAGCAGCUCCUGCUGCCUGUCUCCGCAUCCACCGGGUCAGCUGAACUGCAGUACAGCGGCAAACUGCCACGCAUGGCCUCCCCAACGGCCGCUGCUGCCCUGUUCGGCUGUCUCCCGGGCAUUACAACUGCUGCUGGUGUUGGCGGCGGCGGUGGUGUGGGUGGUGUUGGUGUUGCCUUACCCAUUUGUGGGGCUAGUGCCUGGGAUCUGGAUUUGGGUUGCGGUGCUGGUGCUGGUGCUGUUGUUGUUGUUGG